CAAAUGAUGUCAGUUGACAAUGGAGAUCUUCUGUCCUCUCGUGACAGACCGUUGUAUUCAAAGUGCGCGCGUGGCUUCGGAAAAUAAACGGCCUCUUUGUGUCGCCGUUGCUCCUGAAGGGAAGGAAGUAUUGAAGCGAUGGCGGAGGCUCAUCAGGCGGUAGCGUUCCAGUUCACCAUCACACCAGAAGGCAUCGACCUGCAGCUGUCCUACCAGGCCCUGAACCAGAUCUACCUGUCAGGGGUCCGGUCCUGGAAGAAGCGAGUCAGCCGCAUGAAGAACAGAGUGAUAAAGGGAGUGUAUCCUGCGAGCCCGUCGUCGUGGCUCUUUGUUGCCAUAGGGAUCCUGGCUACCAUGUAUAUGCAGUCUGAUCCCAGCAUGGGGCUCAUCGCAAAGAUACAGCAGCAUCUUCCUCUGAGUCUGCAUGUUUCUCUGAGCAGUCAGGGUCAAACCAUGGUGUCAGCUCUGGUCUUCAGCACCCUGCUGUGGCUCUCCCUCAUCCUCGCCCUGCGCUUCUGCCUCAAGCUGCUGCUCUCCUACCACCACUGGAUGUUCGAGCAGCAUGGGAGAGUCUCCAACACCACCAAAGUCUGGGUGACUCUGAUGAGGUUAUUUUCAAGAAAGAAGCCUUUGCUGUACAGCUAUCAAACCUCCCUUCCUCACCUCCCCGUUCCUGCCAUACAAGACACUCUGAGCAGGUAUUUAGAGUCAGUGCGCCCUCUGCUGACGGACUCAGAGUUCCAGCAAAUGACUACGUUGGCCAAUGAGUUUGAGUCGACCCUUGGACACCGGCUGCAGCGCUACCUAAAACUAAAAGCUCUGUGGGCCACCAACUAUGUGAGCGACUGGUGGGAGGAAUACGUGUACUUGAGAAGCCGAGGGCCAAUAAUGGUCAACAGCAAUUACUAUGGCAUGGACUUCCUGUAUGUGACGCCAACAUCAGUUCAGGCGGCGCGAGCCGGAAACACCAUCACUGCUCUCAUGCUCUAUCGACGCAAAGUAAACAGAGAGGAGCUCACACCGAGUCGUGUUCCAGGUACCGUGAUCCCUCUGUGUGCAGCUCAGUGUGAGCGGAUGUUCAACACCACGCGAACACCAGGAGUCGAGACUGAUGUGCUCCAACAUUGGCAGGACAGCGAGUUUGUGGCAGUGUACCACGGGGGGCGUUAUUUCCGGCUGUGGGUGUACCGGGCGGGCCGGCUGCUGUCUCCCAGAGAGAUCGAAUAUCAGAUACAGAGAAUCCUGGACGACUCUUCACCACCAUUUCCUGGAGAGGAGAAACUGGGAGCUCUGACAGCUGGAGAGAGGAUCCCCUGGGCUCAGAUGCGGCAGCAGUUCUUCAGAUCGGGCCUCAAUAAGAAGUCUCUGGACGCCAUCGAGAAGGCGGCGUUCUUCAUCACGCUGGACGAUGAAGAGCAGGGCAUGAAGGGAGACGACCCUGCAGGAAAUCUGGAUCGCUACGCCAAGUCUUUGCUCCAUGGCAAAUGUUACGACAGGUGGUUCGAUAAAUCCUUCUCCAUUGUGAUCUACAAAAACGGGAAAAGCGGCCUGAACGCAGAGCACUCCUGGGCUGAUGCGCCGACAGUGGCCCAUCUGUGGGAGUACACUCUGGCUACAGACGCCUUCCAGCUGGGCUACACUGAAGAAGGACACUGUAAAGGAGAGGUGGAUCUGUCGCUGCCGCCGCCUCAGAGGCUGGUGUGGGAAAUCUCUCCAGAGGUCCAGGCUCAGGUCUGCAGCUCCCUGGUGGUGGCCCAGGCUUUGGCUGACGAUGUGGACUGCCACGUCUUCCCCUUCAGGGAUUUUGGAAAAGGUUGCAUCAAGAAGUGCCGGAUCAGUCCCGAUGCGUUCAUCCAGAUCAGCCUGCAGCUGGCCUACUACAGGGACCGUGGUGGUUUCUGCCUGACAUACGAGGCGUCCAUGACCCGUCUGUUCAGAGAGGGCCGCACGGAAACUGUGAGGUCCUGCUCCAAAGACAGCUGUGCCUUUGUCCGAGCUCUGGAGAGUGGACAAACGGAGGAGGAGUGCAGACGUCUUUUCAGACUGGCUUCAGAGAAACACCAGAACCUUUAUCGGAUGGCAAUGACCGGAGCUGGGAUAGACAGACACCUCUUCUGCCUCUAUGUCGUCUCCAAAUACUUAGGUGUAGAUUCGCCUUUUUUGCACAAGGUUCUGUCAGAACCUUGGCGCCUCUCCACCAGUCAGACCCCAGUCCAACAGCUGGAGCUGUUUGAUCUGAAGAACAACCCAGAUUACAUUUCACUUGGAGGAGGAUUUGGACCUGUUGCAGAUGAUGGUUAUGGAGUUUCGUACAUCAUUGUCGGAGAGGACCUCAUAAACUUCCACGUGUCGUCAAAGCACUCCUGCAGUCAGACUGACUCCCACAGGUUUGGAGCUCAGAUCCAAAAAGCCCUUCUGGACAUAAUGGUUCUGCUAUCAGCUGAUGCUAAAAGCUCCUCCUCCUCCAAAGGCUCCAACCAACCACAGUCCAAGAAGCUCCUCUAAAGCAUGUUAGCCUUGUUACCUGACAGUCUAAAAGCUGUGAUGCAACAGGAUCAAGGUAAUAUCAGGCAUCACAUCCUGAUGAUAAACAAUACCACAGAGAUGAGGUGUUGUUAUUGACAAAACAUUAGAUUUCAGCUAAUAAAAAGGUUAUUUUUCUCCUGUAUAACUCGACAAACGACAGCCAACAGGCUGGGUUUUUUUGUUGUUUUUUUUAAUGCAUGUUUUUAGACAACUACUAGGUAACAGCAGAAAGGCCUCUCCUUUCUUUAACAUUAGAAACAUAUCAAGCUAAUGCUAGCUCGUAUGUUAGCUACGCUAACUGCUCAGGAUUCUUGUUUUUCUGCCUUUAACUCCUAAACCUGGUGAAGCUACAAUAUGACGACUUUUUAAGUAAGCCUGAAAGUGGCUCACGUCUAAGCAAGAGUCAGAUGGACAAAGAGGAAUUUCACCAGGGAGAAAUCAGAGUAAGAAUGCGGUACUGGUACGUCUUCACAAGAGCUAAUCAGGGAACAAUAGACUACUGUUGGUUUUAUUUCAUCUUGACCCAAUGUGUCUAUCUGCUAAUUGAGUAUUUUCUCAUUUUGAAACCGCCAUGCUCCAUUUAAAGUUACUGAAAUCUCUUUUCUUCCUCCUUCUUACACUCUAAUAGUGUUUCAACAAGUCAUCCUAUCCACUUCUAGAUGCAUAAAUAUAUUCCUUGUGAUUGGCUUAUUUACUGUUUGUGUAGGGAUGCAACUAAUAAUAAUUUAGUUAUAGAUUAAUCCUUCAGUUAUUCUGAUGAUCAAUUGAUCAGUCGCCUAAAAGAAAACAUGCACAUUCUGCAUUUUUCAUUUAAGUCUUUUUUAUGCAAUAUUAGAAAUACAUUAAAAGGUGCAAAUAAACAAAUAAUUAAAAAUAUUUUUGUAAUUAAGAAAAUAAACUUUUUAUGACCUAAAAUACAGUAACAGCAUACCUCCAGUGAAUGCUUGAUCAUGUGUGGUAAAGGAAGCAUCUGCAGCUAAAUUAUCCUUCUAACAACACGUGAAAAUCUCAGCCAUGCUUGCUUGACGUAACAUCAACGCAGUGUUGGACUGAUUUGUUGACUUUUUUUUUGUUCGAUGAAUAAUUGGAUAUCAAAAGGUGCUUAGUUGGAGAUUUAUUUUUUCAGAAUUUGAAUCAGGUGAAGCUAAUACUGCCCCUUGAGGAAUUCUGUAUGGAACAGAUUUACAGACAAAGUUGUUUUUGUUUUGUUUUUUUACCUUAAAUGCAAAGUGUAUACAUAUUUUUGUACAGUUUUGUUCUUUAAGCCUUUUUUAAAUUCUGUUUUGUUCAUUUACUAAAUUAGUUGACAAUUAUUUCAAUAAUUAACUAAUCAGACAGAAAUACAUGUCUGCUAACACACAUUUGAACAGAUGUAGCUAAUAAAGCGGCAGUUGAAUGCAUAUUAAUGACAUAGACACUGCUAGCAUACCUCACCAUGGUGUUUGUAGCUGCCAUUGUUCCAUUAUGAAGUAAGAUCAGAUCUCUACCAGGGUGAGAAGCCACUGACAUGUGAACAGUUAGAGCUGCACAGUGAUAAAAAAAUCAAUCAGUGAUGAUAUCAGUUGUGAUAAAUACUUCUUCUGCAUUCUACACUCUCUGUGACCUCUUGCCUCUUGGUCAGUGUUAUCCCUCAGGUGUGGAUACUCUAUGCAACAAGCUGAAAAUAUUACUGGGAUGCAAAGAGUGAAAUCCUGAAUAUAAAACCCAACAUCUGUUGCUUUCUAAACACUUUUUUGUGGUACGAAUAUUGUCCCCAUUUUCUUAAGGACACAAUCUGCUGCGUGUCGUCAAACGCUGAAGCUAAAGCACAGAUAAAUUAGGAUGUUCGGCUUGAUGGCUCUUGGAAAUUUGAACAACUUUUCAUGUAUAUUUUCUCAGCGUCUAAAAUUUGUUUAGGAUAGUAUUUAGAGGCCACCUCUUAGGAAGUUAGUGUUCAGCAGCAAAGAGGGACAGGUGUCUGACGGAAAGCCGAAAACGUUCAGAAUGCUGGGCUAGAGUUCACAUUCAUGUACAGUAUGAUGGAGGAGUUUGUUAAAAGAGAAGACUCACAUGUCACCAUUUAAGUUUUCCACUUCAAGUCUCAAGAAGAGACGAUUGAAUCCCUCCUCAAGGGCCUCAACCCCCAGGUUUGGAGCCAGAGAUCUUAAUCCACAAAAUGUAAAUAUUGUCUAUAUCAGAUCGUAAACAGAUGAGGAGAAAUUUGUUGGAACCCAUAAUAAAUAAAUAUUAAAAAAACAAAAUAUUUUAUGUGCUGCAAUCCAACCUUCAGUAAUCCCAUACAGGUGGUGUCUGAGUAUGUUACCAUUUAUAUGAGGGGUGUCAAACUCCAGUCCUCAAGGGCCGCAGUCCUGCAACUGUUAGAAGUGAUUUACCUGUGGCACAUCUAAUAACUGCAGGACAGCGGCCCUCGAGGACUGGAGUUUGACACCUGUGACUUACUGAGCUGUUUAUGGCAUAGAAGUUAGCAAGAAGGGAAAGAGAAACUUUUUCAAAUGUGUUUUGUCUGUGAUUUGUAUUAUAAAGAUGUAGAUACUGUAUAUUAGUUGUGUAAAAGAUGUGUCGGUAGUAGAAGUAGAUGAUUUAGUACACAUUUUUAUUGCUCUCAUUUAAUGGUUUGGUUUUUUUUGGGAGGUGUGAGGGUGUUGCGUAAAGCCCAUGAAUGCCCUUACUGUCUUUUAGGUUUGCAAAUGUAACUUUGAACAAGACUCCGACCUCAGCUCCACCUGAGUCGUUGCUCUCACAGUGCAGUGGUUGUCAUGCUUAAUCUCCCCUUGUGCCUGUGUGCAAAUGUUUACUCUGCUCAACAGUAUCAAUGCUAAUGAAUGAAUCAAUGCAAACCCAGUGGGAAACCUCUUACAAUGAAAUGCUCAGCGAUUAUGUUUUAAUGAGAAUUUGCUACAGUUUGGCCAGUUUGCUGCUAUUUGUACCGUCAGAAUUUGCAACCUGUCUUGUAAUGUGGUGGGAAAACUACUUUAUCCAAGCUACAUACGUCUGUUUAAUGUUUUAAGCUAAAAACAUGUUGACGCAUGAAAUAUUUAGUGACUAAACAAACAUUGAACACAUACAGUUUUUUUCUGUCUCAGAUUAUCCUUGCAGGAAGUCAUAAAACAGCUCAUCAUUCGCUGUGUUUCCACUAUAAAUGUGUGCAAAACUUAGACAACAUUCCGCUAACGUCAAAAAAAACACAAUUUUGUAAUUGUGGUGUUUUUAUUAAAUAAGAAAUAUAAUUAAAAUCAAACGUGAAUAAGUUUGUUCAUGCUAUGAGUCAGUAAAAACCAUCCUCUGACCACUUCCUGUCGUCUUCUUCAUGGUUUAUUAUAGUAGUAAUAUCCCGGUGUUGAUCGUGUGACUCAGUUUGAUGCAACAACAUUGUUUCUAUUGCAGUUUUACAAAAUAAACCAAUUUUGAUACAGCCGGAAAAAACCCACCUUAUCAUAGCACAAAAAUGUUUCAGUGAAAAACUUGUGUCUCUAUUAAGCAAUUUUAUUUUUUAUAAUUUCAAUUUGCGCAGUUUCAUUGUUAAUGGAAACACAGAUAGUGUCAGACACAUAGAUACCUUGUAUAAGGAAUGUUUCUGUAUUCUGGGGGGAAAAAACUAUAGAUGGUUGAAAUGUCUGUAUUCCAUACUAUGCAGGUUUAGUUUCCCACCAAGACUGAUGUUGAAAUCUCAGUAGUUUGAAUAGAUUAUAUCUGUGAAAACCCUGAGGAAUCCCACUGGGUACCUUUAGUUGUUGUCUUUGUCUAUACCUGCGUUCUUUUACUCGUACAACUGCUUCUUUACCAAGCUGCAGCUCUGCUCAACACAAAACACCAUUUGUGUGUCAGACGGCUUGAAUAGCUGAGAACACAAAAGACUUUUUCUUGACUUUACCUUCCAAACUUUCCUCAACAAGUACUUGAUGACUCUUCAAAAGAAGAAUCAUCUGUAAGAGUUUCUUAUAACGCUGAAACAAAUUGUUACCUUUUGUGGUUUCAGUCUCUGUUAAAUCAAGACUUGUGCUGGACUAUCCCUCAUAGUCCAGAACAUAUUUUUGUCAAAUAUUUUUUAUUCAUAUGGUGCAAAAAGCUGUUUGUUUUCUACCAUCUGACUGAAGUAUAUUCUUUUUGUUUUUCUCUGUGUUCCCUGACAAAAGCAGAUGUGUUGAGUUUAAUUUUUCGUACUUUAUUUCUAAACCGUAUUGAAACGUCAGCUUGGAACUUUGUGAUGGUUUUUGGUUUUGUGUUAAAAUAAAUUGUUUACUGACAAA